AUGGCAGGCGACGCCAACAACAUCUACGGGUACAACCCGUCCAUUCCCGCAGCCGCCAUCUUCAUCUUCCUCUUUGGUGUUUCGACCGGCUAUCAUCUCUACCAGCUGCUCAAGGCGCGAGCAUUAUAUUUCAUCCCGUUCGUGAUUGGUGGUGUUUUCCAAAUCCUAGGCUACCUCUUCCGCAUCCUCAGCCACAACCACACCGACUCAAUUCCCCUCUACGCUCUGCAAACCGUCCUGAUCCUGCUCGCGCCUGCUCUUUACGCGGCGUCAAUAUACAUGGUCCUUGGACGCUUAAUCGUCCACCUCGACGCCCAGCAGCAUAGUCUCGUCCGGGUCAAGUGGAUGACCAAGAUCUUUGUAACGGGCGAUGUCAUUUCCUUCUUGAUGCAGUGCGGAGGCGGCGGCCUCAUGUCCGGCGACAACCAAUCCACCCGCCAAACCGGCGAAACCAUCACGAUCAUCGGCCUCGCCGUCCAAAUCAUCUUCUUCGGGUUCUUCCUACUCACCUCAAUAAUCUUCCACAUUCGCAUCGCCAAAUCCCCCACGCCCUCAUCACUCCAAGCCCAGGACUCCUGGCGCAACACCCACAACAUCACAGCCCGCAACUGGGUCACGCUCCUAUUCGCCAUGUACGUCGUUUCGGUCCUGAUUCUCGUCCGCUCGAUCUUCCGCAUGGUGGAGUUUAUCGAUGGGUAUGGCGGGUAUAUUAUGACGCACGAGGUGUUUAUCUAUGUUUUUGAUGCGGUGCUGAUGGUUGUUGUCAUGGCGGUUCUGAAUUUCUGGCAUCCGGCUUUUGUUAUUAGGGAUGGAAAAAAGGGAGGAAGCGAGGGGGGGUUUGAGGAGUUGCCGCUCAGAUAA